GCUGGCCAAUCAGAACAUUGCUCGCCGCGCUGUGUGAGGCUCUGUGGUACCCGGAUGUAAAAAGUCCGGCGCUGUGACUGCAGGGCCGGCCGGCUGCGUUGCCGUGCGGACUCGGAGGCGGCGCCCCUGCUGCGGGCGCUAUGGGCGGCAAGAACAAGAAGCACAAGGGGGGCGGCGCGGGGGCCGGGGCCGUUCACGCCGCUGUGUCCGCGGCCACGGCUGUUGCCAGGGCUAAAGCGGCUGCCGAGUCCGGAGCCGCCGGAGAGGCUGCGGGCAAGAGACCCGCCGUGAGGCCGGCCCUGGUAUCCAAGGAGCCCCGCGUCAAGCAAGGUCCAAAAACCUACAGUUUUGGUUCCACACCUGAUUCUAGUGCUGCUGCAAAUCUGGAUAAAUCUAUCCUUAAAGUAGUGAUUAACAGUAACUUGGAAAAAAGGAUUAUUGGAGUAAUCAAUGAGCACAAAAAGCAAAGUGAUGACAAGGGAAUGAUUUCUAGAAGACUUACUGCCAAAAAAUUACAGGAUGUAUAUAUGGCUUUGCAAGGAUUUUCUUUUAAGACUGAGGACAUUGAGGAAGCUAUGAAAAAUACAAUUUUGUAUGGUGGUGAUCUUCACUCUGCACUUGACUGGCUUUGUUUAAAUCUUUCUGAUGAUGCAUUACCUGAAGGAUUCAGUCAGCAGUUUGAAGAAGAGCAACACAAACCUAGAGCAAAAUUUCGUUCUCCUGUGCCACGGAGUGAAACUCCUCAGAUACCAAACAAUAAAAAGAAGGAAGAUGGACCUGAAAUAAAGAGAGAGACCAUGAAAGACAAAGAGAUGAGUAUGAAGGAAUGGAUUCUGCAGUAUGCUGAGCAACAGAGUGAUGAUGAGAAAAGCGAGUCUGUGAAAAACGCAGAAGAUGAGGAAAAGUUUGACCCUAAUGAAAGAUAUGUGCAUUUGGCUACAAAGCUUUUGGAAGCAAAGGAACAGGCAAGUUCCUCCAAGCAAGAUAAAGACAAGCAAAGCCAGAAGGUAGCACAAGAAAAAAUAAGAAGAAUUCAGAAUGAAAUGGCAGCACUAGAAGAACAUCCUGUGUUUAAUCCAGCUAUAAAAAUUUCAAACCAACAACAAAAUGAAAAGAAAAAAUCACCCUUGCCUCCUGAAGCUCAUUUGAACCUGAACUUGCUUGAAAAAUCUGGAGCUGCUGCAGAGGAAGAGAAGGUGAAAAAAAGGGAGCCUCGAGAUGUAAGGAAUUUUGACUACACUGUUCGAAGUUGGACUGGUAAAUCUCCUAAACAGUUUUUGAUCGAUUGGUGCAGGAAAAAUUUCCCCAAGAGUCCAAAUCCUUCUUUUGAAAAAGUUCCGGUGGGUAGAUAUUGGAAAUGUAGGGUUAAGGUUACCAAAUCAGUUGAUGUAAUGGCAGUGUGUCCUACAAUUGUGACAGAGGAUAGUAUGCAAGCUCAGCAUCUGGCUGCUACAUUGGCUCUCUAUCACUUAGUCAAAGGACAGUCGGUUCAUCAGUUGCUGCCUCCCCCAUAUCGAGAUGUUUGGUUAGAAUGGAGUGAAACUGAAAAGAAAAAGGAAGAAGAAAGCAAGUUAGAAACUAACAAACCUCGUGAUAACUUUAUUGCUAAGUUAUUAAACAAACUCAAACAGCAGCAGCAACAGCAGCAAUCUGAAAACCAACCCAAAGUCUCAGAAGAUCCAGAGGACUCCUGGGAAAACUUAGUUUCCGAAGAGGACUUCAACAGACUGUCUCUUGAGACCACAAGCACAGAUGAUUUGGAACCUGUGAGGAUCCUGUUUAAAAAACUUCAAAGUUCCUCCAGAUACCAGAGACUUUUAAAGGAGCGACAACAGUUACCUGUGUUUAAACACAGACAUUCAAUCAUAGAAACUCUUAAAAAGCAUAGAGUAGUUGUUGUGGCUGGAGAAACAGGCAGUGGCAAAAGUACCCAAGUGCCCCAUUUCUUGUUGGAGGAUUUGCUGUUAAAUCUGGGGGCAUCAAGUAAAUGUAAUAUUGUCUGCACACAACCCCGAAGGAUCUCAGCAGUGAGUCUGGCUACCAGAGUUUGUGAAGAAAUGGGCUGUGAAACUGGACCUGGAGGAAGAAAUUCCUUGUGUGGAUAUCAAAUCCGUAUGGAAUCCCGAACGGGAGAAGCUACUAGAUUAUUAUACUGUACAACGGGAGUUCUGCUUCGGAAACUGCAGGACGACAGUCUUCUUUCAAAUAUAUCUCAUGUUAUUGUAGACGAGGUUCAUGAAAGAAGUGUCCAGUCUGAUUUCUUGCUAAUCAUUCUGAAGGAGAUCUUACAUAAACGUUCAGACCUGCAUUUGAUUUUAAUGAGUGCUACUGUAGACAGUGAAAAGUUUUCCAGCUAUUUCACCCACUGUCCCAUUCUAAGGAUUUCAGGAAGGAGUUACCCUGUUGAGGUUUUCCACGUGGAAAAUGUUAUUGAGGAAAUUGGUUAUGUUCUGGAGAAGGACUCUGAAUAUUGUCAGAAGUUCAUGGAGGAGGAGGAAGAAAUAACAAUAAAUGUUACUAGCAAAGGAGGAGGAAUCACAAAGCAUCAGGAAUAUGUCCCACUCCAGUCUGGAUCAGGUGUUGAUUUGGAUCCUUACUAUCAGAAGUAUAGCAAUCGUACACAGCAAGCAAUCUUCUACAUGAAUCCCUACAAGAUCAACCUUGACCUUAUCUUGGAAUUGCUUGCCUUCUUAGAUAAAAGUCCCCAGUUCAGAAACAUAGAUGGUGCGGUAUUGAUCUUUUUACCAGGGCUUGCUCAUAUCCAGCAGUUAUAUGAUCUCAUUUCAGCUGACCGAAGGUUUACAAGGGACAGGUAUAGGUUAAUAGCUCUGCAUUCUAUUCUUUCAACUCAAGAUCAAGCAGCUGCAUUUACAUUGCCCCCUUCUGGAGUUAGGAAGAUUGUUUUGGCAACCAAUAUUGCUGAGACAGGUAUUACGAUACCAGAUGUUGUCUUUGUAAUUGACACUGGGAGAACAAAAGAAAACAGGUACCAUGAAAGCAGCCAAAUGAGUUCUUUGGAAGAGACCUUUGUCAGUAAAGCAAGUGCUUUGCAGCGUCAAGGGAGAGCUGGACGUGUCAGGGAUGGAUUCUGCUUCCGAAUGUACACAAGAGACAGGUUUGAAAGUUUCAUGGAAUAUUCCGUUCCAGAAAUACUGCGUGUGCCUUUAGAAGAGUUAUGCCUUCAUAUUAUGGCAACUUUAGCUGCUGUAAUGACAGAAAAAUCCCCUUUUACUACACCAAUUGGUAGAAAAGAUGAAGCAGAUCUUGCAAAAUCUUCCCUGGCAUUGGCAAACUCAGAUCAUCUGACAAUUUACAGUGCAUAUCUAGGGUGGAAAAAGGCUCGUCAAGAAGGAGGGUAUCGCACUGAAAUGGCUUACUGCAGAAGGAAUUUUCUUAACAGAACCUCACUGUUAACUCUGGAGGAUGUGAAACAAGAACUAAUAAAGGUGGUCAGGGCAGCAGGAUUUGCAGCACCUACAACUCAUCAUAGGUGGGAAGGAAAUGGAACCACACAAUCCCUUUCCCUUCAGGAAAUAGCCCUUCUUAAAGCUGUGCUGACUGCCGGGCUAUAUGACAACUUGGGGAAGAUAAUGUAUACGAAGUCUGUAGAUAUCACAGAGAAAUUGGCAUGCAUGGUGGAAACUGCUCAAGGUAAAGCACAAGUGCAUCCCUCCUCAGUAAACAGAGAUUUGCAGAUAUAUGGAUGGUUGCUCUAUCAAGAGAAGAUAAGAUAUGCCAAGGUGUACUUGAGAGAGACUACUUUAAUUUCCCCCUUUCCAGUUUUACUUUUUGGUGGAGACAUAGAAGUUCAGCAUCGUGAACGCCUCCUGUCUGUUGAUGGCUGGAUCCAUUUUCAGGCUCCUGUAAAGAUUGCAGUAAUUUUCAAACAACUGAGGGUUCUCAUUGAGUCUGUUUUAAAGAAAAAACUUGAAAAUCCUAAAAUGUCACUUGAAGAUGACAAGAUUUUACACAUCAUCAAAGAACUGAUAAAAACAGAGAAUGCCAGCUGAAACUGGAGUUCAGUAACGAACUACAAAGCUUAAAGCUUCAGUAGUGGCAGGAAAACAAUUAUGCUUAAAGACUUCAGCUAACAUAUUUCAACAUUUAAAAUGUGGUUGAUACCAGCCAUAACUUGGAAAUACUGCAUGAACUUGACAUAGAAGUAAUUUUGUAGGUCAUUUUUAAUUAUGAGCAUAAAUGUAUUAUGUUUACAAUAAAUUUUGGUGCCAUUUGUUUGAAUGUAUAAAUGAUGGUAGUAAUUCAGAUCUUUUCAACAUAAAAAUGAACAUGACCAAUUCAUAUUUGCUUUGUUUCAGUUUAAGGUAUUUAUUAGUAGUGUACUAGAAAUUCAAGAUCAGGUUCUGAAUCUGUAUGGAAUAGCUUUUAACUGCUAUACAAAAUAGCUUGUCCUGUUUAGAUAUGUAAAAACUGAAAACAAAACAGAUUUUUGUGCAUUUGCCAAAACAUUACUUCACUGUUUUGUACCUUAAGCUGUAGAUUUUAUUCCAUAGCAGAUUUAAGCAUUACAUUUUAAGAAUAUUGUCAUUUUUCUAUAUGGCUCACUAUGAUGAGAUGGGAACACAAACUGCAGAUCAGUAGUCUUUAGCUUGGGGAUUUCAUUAGGAAUUUGAAAUCCUAACAUUGUUGGGUCUGAACACAAUAUUUACAGACAGAGGACUAAUGCUGAAGUUUUCUUCAUUUAAUAAAUAUUGAUUCCUA